UAGCGACAUAAUUUAGAACUAAUGCUUACCGUAGUGCCUGACUUACUUGUAUUACUUGCACGUGGUAAAGUAUUGCUUAAUAUUAGUUUAAACGUAAUAGUUUUUACGUUAAAAAAUGCGAGAUUUACGUGAAAAAGUAGCUUUGAUAACAGGUGCAUCUUCGGGUAUUGGAGCUGGAACUGCAAUUCAUUUUGCAAGUUACGGAUGCUUUCUAGCUUUGAAUGGACGAAACAUCGACAAUCUCAAAGCCACAAAGGAGAAAUGUAUCAACUCAGGACUUGCUGAGAAUAAAGUUUUGCUUAUUCCUGGAGAUGUGUCUAUUCCAGAAGAUGCAGAAAAAAUUGUAAAGGAAACUGUGAAGCACUUUGGAAAAUUAGAUAUAUUGAUAAAUAAUGCUGGUAUUCUCAAAUCUGGGGAAUUGAUACAAACGACUUUAGAAGAAUUUGAUGAGGUGAUGAGAGUUAAUGUCCGAGCAGUUUUUCACAUGAUGCAAUUAUGCAUUCCUCAUCUUGAGCUUACAAAGGGAAAUAUUGUGAAUGUUUCUAGUAUUGCUGGAAUAAGAAGCUUUCCAGGCAUAUCUGCAUAUUGUGCAAGUAAAGCAGCAGUAGACCAAUUAACUAGAACUACUUCUAUUGAAGUGGCAUCAAAGCAAAUCAGAGUGAAUGCUGUUAAUCCUGGUGUUAUAGUUACUGAAAUACAUAAGCGUGCUGGAAUGUCUGAAGAGCAGUAUCAAAAAUUUCUGGAACACUGCAAAACCACUCAUGCUCUUGGUCGGACAGGAACUGUGGAUGAAGUUGCAAAAACCAUUGCAUUCUUGGCUUCAGAUGAUGCAGCAUUCAUAACUGGAGCAACAUUACCUAUUGAUGGAGGCAGAGGUGUUCAGUGUCCAAGAUAAUUAGGGAAUAUUUGAAAAUUGUUUAUUUUCUAUGUGAAAAAAAAUGCAAAGAAAGUAAACUGUUUUGAAUUGAGAACAAUUUGAAUUCAUAUUUGAAAUUUUAGUUUUAAUAAAUGAUGAUA